AGCUGAUAAAGACGCGAAUGCAAUCAAACUGCGCACUUCACUUUUCUGAGUUUGUUCUUUCAUCGAAGAUUUUGUCUUCGAGUGGUAAUAACUAUGGAACCCAAACAAUACCCUAGUAUUCCUCUUUUCGGUUAAUCAUCUUGCGCAUAAUUGAUCCGGUUUUCAUUUUUCUCUCUCAAAAAAACAUCAAUCGACCUCAACAGUUUGGUAGCUCGUAUCAGCACGUUUGUGUGUGUGUGUGUGUUUUUUCCAGUAGAGCACUUCACCUUGAUAGAAGUAGGAUGUUGUUUUGAAAUUUGUUAACAGUCUACUGAGCCUUUGUAAGUAGUUGUGGGAUGGUGGAACUGCUCUGCCGUAGCGUUCGUUUCCGGAGGUGAGGGGACGUGAAGCCGAGAAUCUGUGACCACGAAGAGCAGUGAGCAGCGAUACCGGCGUUGUCGAAACACCUGAGCAGCGAUACCGGCGUUGUCGAAGAGCAGUGAGCAGGAUAGUACAACUGGAGGGAUCCACGUGAAAAAACUACAACACACGGAGGACUACACCUCUGCAGAAGACUGACUACAGCUCUACCACCUUUACUACACCUCUGCCUCUACUACACGACACCAGCCGGCCAUUUAGUAAUUCCCUUUCCGCCACACCACCUUUCCUUCACAUCACCACCAACACCAGCAAAUUAAGACAAGAUGUCGUCCUUCAGCGAUACGUUCACGAAGAACCAGGAUCAGGAGGAGCUAUUGAAUUAUGAUAGUACAGCAGCAUACUAUUUUGGAGCCACAGUGCUCCUCUGCUUCCUGCUACCAUGGACCUACGCGUGGGUCAACUUCUUCCUGUAUGGGUCCAUCUCGCCGGCAAGCUUCCCAAAGAAGACACCCAAAUUGAUGUCAGCAAUAAAAUACUGCAGGAAUCAGGUACUAGCACGACUAUUUAGGUUCGUGGAUGAUCAUGUGGUUUGAAGAAUGGGUCUACAAAACUUCUCGUUUUUCACAAGACGACUUAUAUAUAGCCAGCCAAACAAUAACAAAUUCAAAUUUCUUCUUCCCCCAAAACGACCCAACAGCCGAUGGUCGAGAACCUUGGCAGAAUCGAGGCUUUUGCUUCGAAAAAGAUGGGGAAAGCAAAGAGAUGGUAUAUGUUGAAGCUAGCCGUUCUGGGUAUGAUGUGGCUUACGUGGCUCCACUGUUGCUACCAAUUAGCCGGCGACUCUGGUGAGGGCACAGUGAAAGGAUUUAACCCGUUCGAGAUAUUAGGCCUAGAACCAGGAGUCGACGACAGGACGAUCAAGAAAGCUUACAGUACUAUCAUUUACAGAUAUGGUUUCUUUUUGUUUUUGAUUGGAAAAUGCUGAUUCUUGUCGAGUGAUGGUCUCUUUCUGCCUUUUGCGUAUUGGAAAGAAAACAUACAACUAAGAAACUUGAACACCACAGGGGAGAAGUCGUUGCUUUACCAUCCGGAUAAGAACCCUGGAGACCCUCUGGCGAACGCGAAGUUUUUACAGGUACUUCUAACUCUCUUCGAUUUUCCAGGACUAUGCUUCAAUGCAGCAGGAGUUAGAUUCAAUGCUAAGUUUUCGACAUCAUUCUUCUCCGAAUCAUAAGAAGCUACAACAACGAACUUCAUCUUGAAAGACUACAGCAAGCAUUUUUUCUAUGACAUCAAUAAAGGUCGCCAAAGCCCUCAAAGCCUUGACUGAUCCAGCGGCCAAGGCUAACUACGAAAAAUACGGCAACCCAGAUGGACCUCAAACUACUAAAGUCGGAAUCGGUCUGCCAAGAUUUUUGCUGGAGAAGCAGAACCACAUGUUGAUCCUGUGCAUCUUCUUCUUAAGGGUUUUUACCACACUGCAUUCUUCACUACCUCCAUCCUUGGCUUUUUUUCCAGUAGGAAAACAAAGGUGUAUGGAAGGAGGCUCUACCGAAGAAUGCAGCCAGGUCGCAACCUCUAAUCUUCAUUACGUUUUUGAUCGUCAUUCCUGCGGUCUUUAUCGUCUAUUACCAGAGACAAAAGGAGUUUGCGCCUAGUGGAGUAAGGGUGGAGACACUGCAAUUGCUUGGCCAUUACAUUCAAGAGAACACGAGGGUGAGAAACUGCCCAGAAUUGAUCGCGGCGUCAGCAUUAUGAAGGUUUUGAAACAGCAUAAGUAGAUGAUAAAAUUUAGAUGUGUUUAUUAGCUGCGUUAUCAUUUUUCACAAGAAUUGUACUAGUAGUACUAGAACUUCUGGAGUAAACUUGGAUUUAUGUACUAUGUUCGAACAGAAUACUAGCAGCACAACCUCUAAUUCUCGAGUCCCGAAAUAUGGAGAUGUACCCUUUUGGCGCAGACGUCGCAGCACAAGACGCGGCCAUGAAAGCUCUUGCUGCAGAAAUAACAGACGUGCCAGCGAAGUCAAAAUUUGACAAACAGCCUUUGAUCAUGAGAAAUAACCACCUACUUCUAGCACAUAUGCAGAGGCUGCACCACUUGCUCACGCCAGAGUUGAGAUGGGAGCUAGACGAGCUGUUGUUUUAUGGCGAAGAGGAAUAUGAAUUAUUUAAACAUUUGUAGUUUAUUCGCUCCUACUAGUACUUGAACCUGUUCUAGGUACCAAUUUAGCCUUUUAGGUACUAGAUACACCAGAUAAUUGAGGUGCACAUGAAAGUUUCCGGUAGCAGGAGUGAGUCCGACUUGUCGUUCGAAAGUUCUUCCACACGUGGAGCGCAUCUACCCCCCUUGUCUAAGUUCUCUCCAUAUCCUAUCCUUGAGUCUAAUUCGUACACGUGGAGCGCAUCACCACUAGCAUGAUCGAGAUUGCGUGCAUGCGCGAGUGGCUGGAAACCGCCAAAGCCGUUAUUGACUUCAGACGAUCUAUUGUCCAGGCCCUCGACUGGAAGAGCAAUUCCUUGCUGCAGAUUCCUCAUUUCACCGACGAGUGCGUGAAGCACUGCACCAAGGGAAACAAUCCCAUUAAGGAAAUCACGGCCUUUUUGACGCGGGAGAAGUCACUGCGAAGAGGCGUAGUGAACAUGAGCGAAGAAGAGCUCUUGGACAUCGACGACUUUGUGCAAUUCUGCACACAAGCGUCGUUAGAGGUGGAUGCGGCAGUAGAGGGGGAGAAGACAAUCUGCAAAGACGACGUCGCGACGAUUACUGUGUACUGAUACCUUAUAAAUAUAAUGAUUGACAAUCUGCAAAGACGACGUCGCGACGAUUACUGUGUACUGAUAUAAUGAUUUGGUAGAUGUAUCCUUCAAGCAAAACGCCUUAUAUAAGGAUUUACUACUGAUGUUGGUGGUGUGCUGUCCUCUAAUGACGGCUCGCAUAGUUAAGACCAAACCAUGGACGAGUGAGUGUUCAAAAUUAUAGAUUAUACUUUGCUUCUAAUAUUAUAGGGCUUUGCUACGAGGAACAUGAUCUCGUUAAGAAUUUUUUCUUACGAGAAUUCCACUUCCUGACCAAAACACAGGAAGAUAACGCGAACUAACCUUGAGGAAGGCGAGGCUUUGGGUUACGUGCAUGCGCCAUUCUAUCCGGACUUGAAGAAAGAAGAGUGGUAUAUCUUCCUAACCGAAGGAAGCAAGAUCAUAUGCUGGGAGAAAGUGAGGUCGGACGAACGGGUCAUAGUAGAGAAGAUGCGAUUCCACGUGGGAAGGAAAGGAAAGCACACUCUUCAGGUCCAAGCAUUCUGCGAUAGCUACCAGGGAAUAGAUCAGGUACUUGAGCUAAGUACUUCUUGUGGUUGUGGUUUUCGAUGUUGAUGUCAUAAAGAGAUUUUUACGGUUGUUCAUCUUUUUGAAUACUAUUUAACUUCAAAAUCGUGGAGAUCCGUGUGAUCGUGGUGCUCACGAUUAUGUUCAUACUAUUUAACUUCAAAAUCGUGGAGGUGCUCACGAUUAUGUUCGGAUCUGAUCUUCCAUGAUAUCCAGAAGAUGAGCGAUCCACAAAGGAAUCAUCCAUCCACAAAAGAAUGAUAUCAACACAGGCCGGCACCGUCACUUUCGACGCCCUCAACCCAGACGACGACGAGUCCCGAUUUGUCUACGUGCAUCCUGAAGACGAAAAACUAGACGAACACCCAACGUUGUUCCAGCAAUUGGUAGGUGACAUGGGUCCUGGAGAUGAAAGCGAGGACGAAGAAGACGAAAGCGGUUCCGAGGAAGGCAACAGUGACGCGAAGAAGGGCGAUAACGCUGCAGGUGGUAAAAUUUUUCCAGAAUUUCUAUUUCUCUUUCAUAAUUAAGAUGGGGUAGUGUUGAUUUUUGUAAAACAAGUAAAUUUAAUAUAAUAUUUUUGACAAAUAACUUUAAACCGGAAAAUCAAUUGUUUGUUUCGAAUGACAGGUAAUGGCGACGGAAGCGAGUCGGACAGCAGCUCGAGUUCUGACAGUAGCUCGGACGACGAGAAAUAA